AUGAAACUUGGAAAAAAUAAGAAUAGCGGAGGAUUAAUAGGAAAGGGAUUUGACAUCCAUUAUGCUUUUGAUUACAAAUCUGCAAUUAAAGAGUUGAUGAGUGGGAAAUAUAGAAUGACUUUUAUCACUUGUUCUCCUGGAGAUGGAAUCAUGGCAAAGAAAUGUGAUAAUAACAAUGAUCAAUAUGCAGAUGCUUUUGUGAGUUGUGUUCAUGAAUUCAACCGGAGAGGAGGCGGUGUAUUCUGGUUUCUGGAAAACUUUCCAUUUACUUAUGAAGCUGAUUUGUACUUUAAGACAUUCUAUGGAUUUGAAGCAGUAGGUGACAAAAACAAAACCAUCCAAGGAGGUAAAAAAAUGAUCAGAGUGAAAAAUGAAACACCGAGAGCAGGUCAGUUCAUCACCAUUGGAGGAAAGAUUAUGGAUUAUUACAAUUUAUCUCGACUGGAUUUUGGAAUAGUAAGCAUUUUUGAGGGGAGAACACUUUGUACGUUAAAUGAGAAGAGUUUUGUAGACAAUGGCUUCCGUAUAUAUGCAAGAGAAAGUGAAGGCAACGCUUCAAUCAUGGUGAGAGAAAAGCAGGAGGGAAUGUUAGGAGGACGCAUGAUUAUAGAUACAGCUGCAUCCAAACUGUUUUGGGAAUUCACAGAAGAGGGCACAGCGAGAUGGAUAAGCAAUGCUGCAGUGUGGUUGUGUAAUACCGAGGAGUUCGAGGAAUGUUUACUCUUUGAUUUUAAUGUGACAUCUGGAAUAAAAAUGGAGGGAUUCUCGCUGCCUAGAUUAAAGCCUAUGUCAAAACGAGAAAGUGAUUAUGGAAAAAUAAGUCGCAAACAGAUAAAAUUUUGCUUGAGUAUCGUAAUGGAUACGACAGGAUCAAUGAGUCCAUAUAUUAAGGCUACAAAAGAAAACAUUAUAAAAAUCUUACAAGAGAUUAAAAAAGUUGAAAAAGAGCAUCAUCUUCUUGAAAGUGCAAUUGUGGGACAAGUUGUGCAAUAUAAGGACUUUAGAGAUAGUUUAACCGGUGAGCUAGAAGAAUACAUUACAAACGAUUUUGACCGACUGAAACAAAAGCUUGCUUCUUUCAAAGCAAGUGGAGGAGGAGAUACUUUAAUAACACAGGGAGCGAAUGCUCGACUUGAUUCGUUCGUUGGAGCUACUGCGGUUGCAGAUUUGUUGAAAUCGACUUUAGGUCCUAAAGGUAUGGACAAAAUUAUUCAAAAUGUAACGGUGACAAAUGGUUCGCUGCUUCUUACAAACGAUGGGGCGACCAUUCUAAAAUCAAUCAAUGUGGAUAACCCAGCGGCGAAGGUUCUUUGUGAUUUGGCCCGUAUUCAGGACCAGGAAGUUGGUGAUGGAACAACGAGUGUUGUGGUGUUUGCAGGUGAGUUACUGCGUGAGGCGGAGAAGCUGAUCGAUUCGAAGAUCCACCCUAUGGUGAUUUUGGAUGGUUGGCGUUUGGCUCAAAAUGCGGCACGCGAAGCAUUGGAGGCGUCUGCGGUGGACCAUUCUGGGAACGCGGAUCUGUUCUACGAGGAUUUGCUGAACAUAGCCCGCACGACCUUGUCAUCGAAGCUGGUGAAUCGGGACAAGGAUCACUUCGCUCGGUUGGCGGUGGACGCGGUGCUGCGCAUUCGUGAGUCGGGGAACCUGGACUACAUCCAGAUCCUUCAGAAGCCGGGCGGCUCGCUGCAGGACUCGUUCCUGGAGGAAGGAUUCCUGCUGGAGAAAUCGUUCGGCGUGGGUCAGAAGCACGAAUGGGUGCAUCCGAAGAUCCUGGUGGCGAACACGUCGAUGGACAGCGACAAGAUCAAGAUCAACAGCACGCGCGUGCGUGUGGACAGCAUCGCGAAGGUGGGCGAGAUCGAAGAGGCGGAGAAGGCGAAGAUGCGCGCGAAGGUGAAUCGGAUUCUGGCGCACGGGAUGGACGUGUUCAUCAGUCGCCAGCUGAUCUACAACUACCCCGAGCAGCUGCUGACGGACGCGGGGAAGGGGAGCAUCGAGCACGCGGACUUCGAGGGCGUGGAGCGUCUGGCUGCGGUGCUGGGCGCGGACAUCGUGUCGACGUUCGACAGUCCGGAGAGCGUGCGUCUUGGCGAGUGCGAGAAGAUCGAGGAGGUGAUGAUCGGGGAGGACAAGGUGCUUCGGUUCAGCGGGUGCAAGGGCGGCGCGGCGUGCACGAUCGUGCUCCGCGGCGCGAGCUCCCACCUGCUGGAGGAGGCGGAGCGGUCGCUGCACGACGCGCUGGCGAUUCUCCAGCAGACGCUGCGCCACCCCGAGCGAACGCUGGGCGGCGGGUGCGCGGAGAUGGCGAUGGCGGAGGCGGUGGACCGGCUGGAGCCCCAGGUGUCCGGGAAGAAGGCGCUGGCGGUGGCGGCCUUCGCGCGCGCGCUGCGGCAAAUCCCCACGAUCCUGGCCAACAACGCGGGACUGGACGGCGUGGAACUGACCGCCCAGCUGCGCGCGGCGCACCACGGAGGCGCGAAGAACGCGGGAUUGGACAUCGAGGGACGCGGAAUCGGAGACAUGGAAGCUCUCGGCAUCUACGAAAGCCUCCAGCUGAAGAGACAGGUACUUCUCUCCGCCACCGAGGCCGCGGAAAUGAUCGUACGCGUCGAUGAAGUGAUAAAGAGCGCGCCGCGUGAACGAAUGCCCGACGCUGGCAGACAUUAACUCUUGGGUUAUUUUGGUGG